AUGGAAAAUUUGAAGAAAAAGAUUUCCUGUCAGUUAUUUGGCGAUCUAAACGGAAACUAAUAUCUUUUACCUCUUAAAAGUUAAACAAUCAAUGCGAGAAUAAUGAAUUCAAUAGCGACUAUAGAAAUAAUCCAAUAAUUCUUUAAUGAUACUUCUCAACCCUUAGAAGUCACUGUUAAUGUACCAAUAGAAGAAGACUAUGUAAUCGGAAAACUUAUGGUUUAAAUUGAUGAUAAAGUCAUUGAAGGCAAAAUAUUAGAGAAAUAGAAAGCUUAAGAGAAGUACGAGGAUGCUGUAGCUUAAGGUCAUACAGCAAUGAUGGCCUAAGAGGAUGACUAAAAGGAAGAAGUUAUCAAAUUGACCAUCGGUAAUCUUUUGCCAGGACAAGAAGCAACAUUACAUCUCUAACUCCUUAAUAUUUUAAAGAUUGAGGGAGCGGCAUAUUGCCUAAGAGUACCUCUGCACUACUUUCCUACUUACAGCUCAUCUAAAAAUUAAUACAGCUAUAAAUUCUUUGUUGAAAUCAUUUCUGACUCCCCAGUUACUUAUUUAAGCUAUCCAAACAAUUCGAAGAUGGUCUAAGCAUAUUCUGACGAAAGCUUAAUUCACAUUAAAAUAGAAAAAGCAUAGGAUAAUGUACUUUGCCUUGAUAAUGAUAUGGUGAUAUACUACAGAACUAAUGUUAUGGAGAGCACUGCACUGUAUUUUCAAAUAUCAGAUAGUCACCCUGAUUAAGUAGCACUGAUGAUGUCAAUUGUUCCAAGCUUCAUUGAAUCGACUUCUGUAAGUUCAUCUUUGGAAAUAUUUGAAGAGGAAAUGCCCGAUCCUUAAGAUGUCUAAUAUAUAACCCCAGGCGACUGUAUGUACAUAUUCUUGGUUGAUAGAAGUGGAUCAAUGUCAGGUGGAAAGAUGACGACAACUGUAGAAGCACUUAAGCUAUUUCUUAAAUCUUUACCUCCUCGGUCUAGCUUUGAAAUUAUCAGUUUUGGUUCUGAUUACACAGUACUCUCCUAAUCAAACACUGGCUUCGAGUACAAUGAUUAAACAAUGAAUAGUGCAAUUGAUACAGUAUCUAAAUUCAAUGCUAAUAUGGGAGGAACCGAAAUAUUCAAGCCUCUAGAGUUUGCUAUAAAGAGUAUAUAGACAAAACUUUAAAAAAGAAUAUUCAUGCUAACAGAUGGAGAAGUAGAUAAUAGAGAGAAAGUCAUCUAAUUAGCUGGCUAGUGUCCCUUUGAUAUCAGAAUACACUCUAUUGGUAUUGGAAGAGAUUGUGAUGUGAGACUGGUUUCAGAAGUUGCAAGAAUUGGAAAAGGAUCAUGUAGCCUUGUACUAGAUAAUAAAGACUUGAAAGCAAUUGUGAUUUAAGCUCUUGGUAGGGCAAAAGAUCCAUCCUACAGCAAUUGCAACUUCAUUAUAACUCCAAAGCCUAUCUUAAGUGCAAACAAUAUGAAAUACGAGUUAUAAGAAAAAUAAGGAUUCGAAUUAUUCAGGAAUGAAAUCUUCUUAAUGCUUUCAAUAGUCUCAAAAAAAGAUUUUAAGAAGCUUAAACUCUAAUCAAAAAGUGAUAUCCAUCCAGUUUCAAAUAAGGGAAUAAAUCAUGAAUGGACUCAAGGUAAUUUCAAAUAAUUGGAUAAAGGAGAUGAACUUUUCAAAAUUGCUGCUAGAAUGAAAAUUAAUGAACUCUCAAACACUGUCUAGCCUAAUGAAGGCGUAAACAUAACAGGUAUUUAGGAAUUAUCCUUGAAAUACUAAGUAUUAAGCAAGCAUACUUCAUUUUUAGCAAUUAACAAGAAUGAUAAGAAGCCUGUAGGUGAACUUAGAUAAGUGAAACUUGGAGGGGAAAAUUAAAUUCUAAUGGAUUAAAGUCUGUAAUUCUAUACUAACAAAAAAAUGUUAAAAAGUGCUAAGCCUUCUAUCUUUAGUUCAUUUGGUAAUGGAUUAAGAGGCUUAUUUAAAUCAAAUCAAACCUCAAAUGCUCCUAUGCCUAUGUUAAGAAGUGGCGCAAAAAAAAUGUCAAGAGGUGUACCUAAUCACCAAAAAUAAGAUGUAGAUCUUUUUUCAUCUUCCAAAGAGAAAUGUGAUUCAGUUGAAUUAGAUAAAAGUCAAGUAAAAUUCAUGAAAAAGAUGGUUGAAUUCAAUAUUUCGGAUUGUGAAGAAGAAGAUGAAGAAAGUGCAUUAGAGGAAAUAAUGUCAGUCAAUUUAAAUCAAAUAUCAAAUUAAAACCUUUCUGAUUAAAUAGAAUAAUUGAUCUAUCCUAUAUAUGAAGAAGAGGAAAAAGAAAUGGCAUCAAUGCAAUAAAAAUAAAUGGUAAGGUGUACUGAGAUGAGAAGGGAAAUUAUGUCUCCACUUUCUUUGAGUGGUAUGAUAACUCCUCCAAAUGUAAACACCUUUGAAUCAAUGUAGAUUUAAGCUUCAGGUGCUUUACCUAAACUAUCAUAGAAGCAGUUAGAUAAUUCUCCUAAAAUGAAAAAAAGCUCAAUCAAGAGAUAAUCAAAUUCUUAUGAUGAUUUGAUAAUGGACCAGGCAAGAAGAUAUUCUUACCGAUCAAACUUUGAUUUCAGAGAUUAAGCAAAUACUUUAGGAUUAGGAUGCUUUUGA